ACUAUUUCCUUUGUAAUGCUAAGUACACCUAUACUUUGUGAAUCAAACUUGUCAAUUUAUUUGAAAGCACUUGCAUUAUCUGAUAAUGGAGCACUAAUAUUUAAUUAUGCUGUGGGUAUUGCAAAAUCUCAUUUUAUAUUUGUUAACAAUCUUUUCAUGAAUAAUAGGUUUUUAUGCAGUUUGAAUUCAGUCACAAUGGAAUUCUUUCAAUUUACAUCUACUUGGCUGGUUGUAGCUCUCACAUGGACACGUGUUUGUGCAAUUAUGUUUCCUUUUGGAAUAUAUGGACGUUAUAAUAAUUGUUCUGAAAUAACAACCAUUACUAUUUUGAUAUGUGUCAGCUUUAUAAUAUCAUUAACAAAAUUGUAUUCAGGGGGCUAUGAAACAGACAGUGUUUUUGAAUUUAUACCGUGUCAAAAGAAAAUAAAACCAUGGGGUAGUGCUAUGUAUUUUUAUAUUGCAUUAUCAACAUGGUUACCGUUACUCUUUAUAUUUAUUGGAAAUAUUUUGCUUAUUAUACAUAUGAAUAAAACCGAAAAAAUCCGAUGUAGGUUAACUCAAAAUUUCAGAUAUAAAGCAAACAGAAUACAUCAUACUUCUAGAACAUUAUUUGUUGUGUCAACUGUUUAUUUAGUGCUAUUGUUACCCCUUGGUAUAGUUGAAACUUUGGAACUUUAUUGGGAUGUUAUUUUAAUUAAAUUCCCUGCCACUGAGAUAAUAACAAGACUUAUACUUUGUUAUCAUUAAUUGUUUUUCAGGUUGCAAGAAAAAAUGUUGUUAAAAUGGUGCCGCGGAUUAUGCUUCCAUGUAUACCACUGGAAUUUUGCAAUUAAUUUCUUUUUAUACUAUCUCACAGGUGAAAAAUUUAGAAAUGUCGUGAUACAGACAUCAAGGAGAUACAAAACUGUAACAUUUUCAAUAUUUUCUAAGCAUGUUAACAAAUGUAUAUCUUGUUCAAACUAUCCUACACAUUUAAAAUCUGUACAGUCUUCUAAUGUACUACUGAUAAGAGCUCUCACACUUGGCGAUCAUUCUAUCUCUGGCAGUGUUUCUCCACAAAACAAUAGCACUACUGUUGUAAAUAAUUAA